GGGGAGAGGGAGGGGGUGAGGCGGUACCGCAUAUGAUUUUUGUUCACAUAAGAGAGAGAGAGAGAGAGAGAGAGAGAGGGAGAGGCGGUACUGCUUCUUGUAUUCCAGCCUCCCAGUUUCGGAGAGAGAGAUGAUAUCUUCAGGGCCGUCCUUCUACGGCAUCUGCACCUAUGCGGCUGGAAUUGCUGGGAACCUCUUUGCACUUGUUUUGUUUGUCUCACCGAUACCUACGUUCCAAAGAAUUGUCAGAAACAAAUCAACAGAGCAAUUCUCAGGGUUACCCUAUGUGUAUUCCCUCUUGAGCUGCUUGAUCUGCAUGUGGUAUGGCCUUCCAUGCGUGUCCUAUGGCGUAAUCUUGGUUGCCACAGUCAAUUCCAUUGGUGCUGUUUUUCAGCUGGUCUAUGUGGCCCUCUUCAUUACAUAUGCAGAUACUACAAGAAGGCUGAAGAUGUCUGGAUUGCUGAUAGCAGUUCUCUGUGUUUGUUCUCUCAUCAUAUAUGUCAGCCUUGAGUUGUUCGACCACCAAUCACGGCGAACUUUUGUUGGAUAUCUUAGCAUUGCUUCUCUCAUUUCGAUGUUUGCAUCCCCUUUAUUUAUUAUUAAUUUGGUGAUACGGACAAGGAGUGUCGAGUUCAUGCCUUUCUAUCUAUCCCUGGCAACCUUCUUGAUGAGUGUAUCAUUCUUUGCAUAUGGGUUGCUGUUGCAUGACUUUUUCGUAUAUGUUCCAAACGGGAUUGGAACAGUCUUGGGAGUCAUACAAUUGUUUCUAUAUGCAUACUAUUGCAGGAAACCAAGAGAAGAAUCUAGGCUUCCAUUGCUGGGGUCACAUGGAUGACUCUGCUCUCAAAGAGGUCACGUGUAUGAUUCAUUGUUUCCUUGUAAUUCUUUCAUAAUUUUGUUGUGGGAAUCAUGUAUUAUAUAUUCCAGUGUCAUAUAAAUAUAUUGAAGUUGUGUACUAGCAGUCUAUAUCUUGAUAUCAAUUCCUGUAACUUUUUUCUUAUGUAUGUGCACAUUUCCUAUAUAUGGGGCAUCGAGUAUCCUUGCUUUAGUAGAUUAUUCAAAUAUAUUGGAAGGAGUUCCAGGUUUA